AGCUAUAAACUCGUAAGUUAUUUAUAUUUAGUACAUAAAAUAUCGUAUUUUUUUUUUGUCAGUCAACAUUGGUCGUAAGUUCUGAAUAAAAAUCAACAUACAGUAUCGUAAGUUCUACAUAAAUAACUUAAUAAAGUACCACCAUGAUCUGAUCGCACGGGAAUCUCCACCACUGACAUAAGGGUGUAAAUUGAUCGAUCGCUGAUUAUGAUUAACACACAUAAAGAUCAGUGCUGCGUGCUGCACUGAAAAAUUUGCUCUAGAUAUUCCAUCCAGGUGUAGCAAGUGUUGAGUCAGCUGUCUGGCGAAGAGAAAUCCACACUCGGGCGCUCACGUAACCUGUAGUGCUUUGAGAAACGGCGGCUUAUGUAAGCGCGUGAUGACGACUUUACGUAACCCAAACAAGAUCCCCGCGGUGUGCACAUUGUUUAGUGUGCACAUGUAUGUACUUCACAAGAACACACGACACUGUCAUUGUACCGUGUGUCAGGGAAAAUGUUUGCAGCCCUAGCUUACCUAACCAGCUUCACCCCCUCCACUCCAGAGUGCGGGCGCCCCAUUCUGGCCCCUCCUCCCUUCCGUCAGGUUCCCCGGACCUCUCCCCCGCCUGUGAGGUUACGUAGCUUGGGGAGGACGGUCGGUGGCCCGCGAGCCAACCAACCAGUGUGCAUAGAGGCGCUGGCCUGACACCUCUACUACGCUGCGGCGAGGGGUGAUCAGGAAACAUACGAGUGAAACGUGACUGCUGUGAAUGUAAAACUGGCACUUACCAGCGAGGGGACGAAAAAGUAACCUUCACUAAAACCUGUUAAGCGAAGCAAUAGAUGAGACGCGGAGACGUUUGAGAAUGCGGUCCUCUGGUAGCUACAACUGGCUGACCUUUAGUGAAACUAUAUAUAAAGAAAUAAAAAGGUUAAGUGACUGCAUGCGUGUCGCCUUUAAGUCCCUGCUAGCACAGUAAUGACGGUGUUUUGGAUUCCUUAGCUAGCAAAGCGAGGAACGAGGACAGGAACAGAUGGAUGCCAGUGUGCGGUGGUGGCGGCGGACUGACAGCGGCAGCGGUCAUGAACGCAAACCCAGAACUUAUUAAGAACCUCUCUGAGCUCUUUUGAUCCCAUCGCCUGACCUUCACCCUCUCCCAUCCUUCGUCAUGCCUCUUAACUCUGAGAAGUGGUCAAGGAAGAGGAAGAUCGACCAUGGGAGUGAGUGGAGGCCGCUGUAUAUGCAUCCCCGACCUACCGCAAGGGGAACUGCGGGCGCGGCGUGCAGCAGUGCGGUGAGGGAGGCCACAGGGAGUAGGGAGGAGGGAGCCAGUGCCUUGCACAGCAGUGGCGCCGGUGACCUCUCCUCUGUGCCAGCAGGGAGAGAUGAAGGAGAAGGAAUGGAUGAAGGCGCUUUUGGAGUGGCAGCGGGUGGUAAGCUGAGUGGAAGCAAGAUCGGCAUGAACGUUCGGAAUUCUUCAGCCCUGCUCCCCGACCCAGCCCACCUGCCUCACUACAAGCUAGUCAAGCUCUUCAAGUCGUUCCAUCUGCAGAAUUUACAACAGGACCACAGGCCGCUCAAGAUCGUGCGUGCCAGCCACCAGUACAUGUACGACAACACCAACUCUGAGUAUAUCGACUGUGUGAACUUCGUCUCCCAUGUGGGCCACUGUCACCCCUCCGUGGUGCGGGCCGCCUAUGUCACCAACAAUUUGGACGCCGUCACGCCGGGCUGGGACAUUGACUGGGGCGAGCCCACCUAUCCGCAGCAGCUGCGCCGCACCCUGCCGGAAUAUCUCGACACUUUCUUGUUCUGCAACUCAGGAUCUGAGGCGGUGGACCUGUCACUGCAGCUGUCCCAACUGUACACGGGCGGCACGGAGGCUGUGGUGACGGAUAACGCCUUCCACGGCUCCAUUGACUCUGUCCACCACCUCUCCCCCAAAGUGUUCAAGGCCAACAACAUCACCAAGGCGGACUGGGUGCACAUCAUACCCAUGCCGGACCUGUACCGGGGGGAGUACCGGCGGGAGGAUCCGGCGGCGAUCGACAAGUACCUAUCGGAGGCGCGGGAGGUGGUGCGCAAGGCGCGGCAGGCUGGGAAGAAGGUGGCGUGCUUCAUCUCGGAGCCCAUGCUGAUCAUCCCGGGCUGCAUCAUGCCGCCGCCCACGUGGCUGCAGGAGGUCUACAAGCUGGUGCGGGAGAGCGGGGGUCUGUGCAUCGCUGACGAGGUGCAGACGGGCCUGGGUCGUCUCGGGUCGCACUUCUGGUCCUUCCAAGCUCAGGAAGUCCACCCAGAUAUUGUCAUCAUUGGAAAGACGAUUGGUAACGGCUACCCCAUGGCGUCCUGUGAUAACCUCCAAGGAGAUUGCGGCGGUGCUGGGAGAUCGCGUCAAGGAGUACAGGUGUUCCCAGGUGAUGGAUGCUGUGGGGAGCGUGGUGCUGGAGGGGCUUAGGCAAGAACACCUCAUGGAAGCAGCAGCCAGGGUGGGGAACUUCCUGCUGGAGGAGCUGAUCAGGCUGCAGCACAAGCAUGAAUAUAUAGGUGAUGUACGGGGGAGAGGUCUCAUGGUGGGCAUGGAGGUGGUGUGGAGCAGACAGAGCCGCAAACCUGCACAGGAGAUAGCUGAGCAGAUUGUGAACAGGAUGAGGGAGGAGUAUGUCAUCCUGGCCAAUGAGGGGCAGGAGCGAAACAUUCUGAUGGUGAUGCCGCCAAUGUGCUUCACUCAGGAGAAUGCCGUCAGCCUCAUCCAGCGCCUUGACAAGGUCCUCUCUGAACUUCCCAAACACAGGGUCUCAAAGGAGGAGGAGAGCAGCCUUCUCUCCUACAGAAUGCUGCCAGGUAUGUGUGAGGGUCGCCUGGGCAUCAUACAACCCCAGAAGGCAGGUGAAGAGGAGGACGAUGGUGAUGGAUUCCAAAAUUCCAGGACCAACAUGAAUCUUGAGUACUCACAAAACAGUUACCAGGACCUCGACUAAUACCUCACCACCACCUUUUCUGUAGAGAUGUGCUGCGUCCUCAUCUCAACCCUGAUAACCAACUUUGCUUUACCCCCUUCCUCUCAGUGACUCAAGAUGGAGGACAGUAUUAAUGUGAAAGUGUGAACCAUGGAGUACUGACAUAACCAAGCGGUGCUCUGGUGUGUGGAAUGAUGGAAUGAUUGCUGCCUCCCUGUUGACAUAGUGAUAUCAUUCCAAGAUUUUCACUUUUGCAUGGAAGUAAAACUGGUGUAGACUAAUAUAUGUAGUGGUUGCUCGUCCCACACUCUCUCAUCUCCAUACAUCACUCCGUCCUCCCUGGAACUCUAAGGAAUUUGCUCCAGUGAUCACAUAUUUUUUAUAUGCAUUCUAUUUAUCAUCACAAGACUAAGUUCCUUUCUUGAUUUUUUUUUUCAUUACAUCUGAGGUACUCAAUGACUUAAAAAAAUAACUGGCUCAUUAAAUGCAUUAUGUUCUGGAUCUUAAGUUCCUUUGUACUAUUUUUCUUUAAUUUUAAGUAUUAGAUGAUUAUUACAAUAUUCCCUAAUGAACUUAAUUUUUUCUUGAAAUGUAUUUUGUUUUUACCAUACUUUCCUCUCUUCAGUCUCUUCAUCUCUCAUCAGUCUUCAUGUUCCAUAUACAUCUGACAAGUCUACAUCAAUGGUAUUAACUGUUACGUCGUGUGGUUUAAGAUGUUUUGAUAUUAUGGAAACAAUAAAUCCAUGAAGUGUAA